AUGCAUUUCUUCAGCCUCAUUCUUUCCUCCGCAGCAAUCGCUGCUGCUCUCCCCACCCCGGAGACCUCCGAAGGCAACCAAUCCCAGCCCUUCUCUCAGAAUGGACUUGCACCUUGGGAUGCCGGCGCUGUGACUCAAUUCCCCAUCCAUUCAAGCUGCAAUGCAACCCAGCGUCGCCAGAUUGAGCUAGGCCUUAACGAGACCAUUACUCUCGCUCAACAUGCCCAAGAUCACAUCUUGAGAUGGAGAAAUGAGAGUGCGAUCUACAAGAAGUAUUUCGGUGAUCGCCCAUCUAUGGAAGCCAUCGGUGCAUUUGAUAUCGUAGUCAACGGUGACAAGAAAGACAUUUUGUUCCGAUGUGACAACCCCGAUGGAAACUGCGACCUUGAAGGUUAUGCCGGACACUGGCGAGGCGAAAAUGGCACGGAUGAGACAGUCAUCUGCGACUUGAGCUACGAAACUCGUCGUUCUCUUUCCACAAUGUGCGGCCUUGGGUAUACAGUCUCGGAGUCUGAGACCAACACCUUCUGGGCCGCUGAUCUCCUGCACCGCCUAUACCACGUUUCUGCCAUCGGACAGGGCUGGAUCGACCAUUUCGCAGACGGAUAUGAAGAGGUCGUUGACCAGGCGAAGAAUAACGCGACACUGUCCACCCGUGACUCGGAGACCCUUCAAUACUUCGCACUGGAGGCAUAUGCUUACGACAUUGCUGUGCCGGGAGUUGGAUGCCCAGGUGUCCAACAUGAGCAUGAUGAAACUGAGGCUACGACUAGUGAGCCAGCUCCUACUGCAACAACCACCGAUGCUCCUUCGACAACCGCCGAAGUACCUGCCAACUGUCACACUCAUGACGGAGGCGAGCUCCACUGCACUUAA